CUAAUCCCUCGCGCCUGAGUGAGGCUGGACCCUCAGCCACUGCAGAAGCGCCAACUCUCUCGCUAGUUCAAGCAUCAACUAACCCCGUGGUGCCUCUUCCGUCUUCCACAUCUACAGAGCAUCUGCAAGGUCCUACCAUUCUAAUAACGAUUUCCGAUGACGACUCCUCGGAGCAUGAAAGUGUGGAAAGCCACUCUGAGGAUUCUGCCGCUUAUGAGGAACUGAUGACGACAGAGAUUCUCGCGGCACUAAAGGUCCAAGAGGUGAAUGAAGUGAGGCCUCUUCCUCUUGGUGACCACGUACCAGAUAUUGACCCGACAACUCGAGAGGAUUCUGUUUGUACCGAGGAGGUGGCUACAAACGCUGAGGGUCCUAUCGGUCGGACAGUCGCCCAAGAGAUGAAAAAUGAUACUGACGGUGGUGGUGCCCCCCAAGUCUUGCGAAUAAAUGAGACAACCGUCGAAGCCGAGGGCCCUGUGCUUGAAUCUGCUCCACUUGCCCAUGGUGAGCCGCGAGUUGAGUUUCCAGAUUCUCCCGCGGCUAAAGGGACAGACCAACCUAUUGAAGAUGAAGAAACUGAGGAAGUUGUCCACCCUUUUGCAUUGGUGGUUCGUGAUCCUGUGGCGCCUCCGCCGCUUCCUACCAGAUUCGAGAGAUUGAUGAAGGUGUUAGAGGUAACUCCUCCUUCUGCUGUGGAUGAGGCUAAAAUGGUGCUUCACGAACAUCUGGGUCCUCAGGUAUUGGAGACUGACAUCCUCUCGCGAGUCUUGGAAGCCCUAAGGUAUCUUUGCCAGGAGAAGGCAUUGACCCUGCAGCAAUUUAGUGUCAUUGACGAUCUGCUGAAUGAACUUGGUGAGGCCCGCCAACGUCAACCGGCCGCGAACGCCCAGGCUCACGACACUCGAGAGACUUUGAAUAGCCUCUCUCGAGAAAUGGACAUCUCUCGCGGUAUUUUAAAUGAGCGAACCAACCGCCUGCGGGAACUACAAAUCCAAAGGUCCGACUUCAAACUUCGGAUCGAGGACCUCCAUACCGGUUUAGCCUUUGUUGAAAACGCGAUUGCUACAGAAGAAGCCCAACUCGAUGAACCUCUGGCUGCUUCUGAAGAAAUGGGCCGCAACCUGGCCCAUCUCAGAGAACGGGCCACUCAGGCCGAAGCUAGUGCUAUUGCGGCGAAUCUCCGCGUGGAGGAACUUUGCUUGAAAUUGAGCUUCAUGGGCCAAUCUCUGUAGGCCCCCUCGAAAACUGUUCGGUCUCCUUACACGUCAAUAAUCCCUUCUUUUCCGAGAUUUAAGGCAUUAAUCACUCGUUGAAAAACAACGGUCGUGAACAAAUAAUCUCGUGAAUAGAACAGUUACCUCCUCGAAAACCGCUCUUCACAUGCCGCUAGUCCCUUUUUUCCCGAGAUUUGGAAUCACUAAUCUCGAUUUACUGACAUCGGUUUUGAAAUUGAGCUUCAUCCAAGGGUGGGGAUUUGCCUGAAAUCCCUAUAAAUAGUUGUAUUUCAGGAAGGGAAUACUCACAACAACUUUUAUGAAAUAUUCGAGAAAUGGCCUUUCAAUCCUUGCUUCUUUUUCUCCUUCUUCACAAAUCUUCCCCUCAUGAAAUGACCUUUAGCCUCUAAAUUUUAGGCUUUAUGGCGUAAUCUUAAGCCUGGGUUAGGCCUCAUGGCGUAAUCUUAGGCAACCCCUUGUUUCGU